UAGCGUACAACAACAAAACAAAAUGGAGGUCUUUGAAGUGUGUGUCGCGUUGUCUCGCUGCUAAAAUUUUGCGUUAAACGCUGUGAGCGAAUGUGUUUCACUGCGAAUAUGUCAAAGGUCGGCCAUGAAGUGCGCGAAACACGAGACACAAAUGACAUUACCAUAUAAAAGCAACAACAAGACGUUAAAUUGCACACCAGUUGUAAUUAAGCUUAGUAGUUAGAACCCGCAACCAACCAAUAUAUAAUCAUAAUCGAUAAGUCAAAGGUGGAGUGGAGUGUGGUGACACCUGAAAACAGAUCCCCGGGGCAAAGUGAGCAGUGGGGAAAGGAUAUCCGCACCCCGAGAAGUGGAACUUCUCCGCAACCGUCUGGUUCUCAGUCACCUCACCGGCUACCUAUCGAACUUUCGACAUUUUGACAACGGCCACGCGCAGAGAGCAGCAUCAAAAUUAAGCCAAUAGACGACCAAACCUAAAACGCAGCGGCGUCGCGUCCUUCGACGCGUAACGGACAUUUCUGUGUGCGCUGCGUUUCAAAAAAUCUGAUGGAUGGAAAUGCACAAAAUAUGUUUCACGGAAAUCAUCAAGGAGAUCCCUAUUACCGUUACGAUGCUGCAGCCGCCGCAGCAGCCGCCGCCGCGGCAAAUCCUCGGGCAAUGGGCCCGCCCGGCGGCUACCCGCCCCGCCACCGCCCCCCGCAUCCGCUCCAGCAACAGCCCCAAUACCCAUCGUACCAGCCAACGGCGGAGAAUCUCUACGGGCUGGGGGCCGCCGAUCACCAGGCGGCCAUGGGCCUGGGUGUUGGCGUGGGAGUCGGCGCCGGAAUGGGCGAUCUAAGCGGCUGGGGCGGGGCGCCUUCGGUGCCCGGACAGGCGGCGGCAUAUCCGGGAGCCGGCCUGGGCGCCUAUGGUCACCCGCAGGCGGCUCCGCCGGCGCAGCAGCAGCGCCAGAGCAACGCCAGCGCCUACCGCCAACACAUGCCCGCCUACGGACAGCAGGAUCAGCAGAAGCUGGCCAGUUAUGGCGCCCAGCAGAGCAUGAUGGCCGGCUACGGAUCGCUGGCGCCGCAGCAGCAACAGCAGCAGCAGCCACCCACGCCGCAGCAGCAGCAGGUGCAGCAACAGGCGCAGCAGGUGCAGCAGCAGGCGCAGCAACAGCAGCAGCAGCAGAGUCAGCAGCAGGCUCGGCUGCCGCAGCACUAUCCGCAGGCUCCCGGCCAGCACCCGUUGUAUCCCGGGGUGGGAGCACCCGCUGUCCAGGCGGGCCAGCCCCCGACACCCCAGGCCUACGCCCACAGUCCGUACGGGAGUCCCAUGCAGCACCAGCCGGGCCGAGGAGCGCCGCAGCACGUGGGCUACGGUCACACGGGACUGGACCAGGCCUCGGCCUAUGGGCAGCACGUGCCGGGAGCAGCGCCACCGGGCCACCAUCUGACCGCGCAGCAGCAGCAGGCUGCGCAGCAGUUGGGCGCCCACCAGCAACAGCAACUCCAGUCGCAGCAGCAACAGCAGGCGCAGCAGCAGCAGCCCCACGUCUCGCUGAUGCAGCAACAACAGUUACCGGGAGCCGGACUGCCGCCGCCACACAUGGGAAUGCCCCCCAGCUACGGGAGCCACCACCAGCAGCAACAGCAGCAGCAGCAACAGGCCCAGCAGCAGCAGCAGCAGGCAGCUCCGCCUUACAUGUCCAGCAGCAAGCAUCAACAGGCGGCUGCCCAGCUGAACUCCUCGCCGCAGUACCGCGCUCCCUUCCCCCAGCUCUCGCCACAGAUGUCGCCACGUCCGCCGACCAUGUCGCCGCAUCCGCAGAUGUCUCCGCGACCAGUGGGCGUGUCGCCGGCGAAGCCACCGCCCCCUCAGCAGCAGCAGCAAGCGCAGGCCCAGCAGCCGCAGCAGGUGGUGAACAACCAGCCCAGCCAGCACAGCAUUCAGGGCAUGGUGGGACUGCCGUCGCCACGCCCCCAGCCGCCGACCAGCGGAUCGGGAGGAGCGGUGGCCAAGGGUCCGGCGCCAGUGGCUGCACCCGUUAACACUCUGCAGGCCCUCGAACAAAUGGUGAUGCCGUCCCAGGCGCUCGGACUGCCGCCCAUGGACUAUCCGUCGGCCUACAGAAGUACCGUGGGCCCCAGGAUGCCGGCAUCGCCGCAGCAACAGCAGCAGCAGCACCACCAGCAGUGGGGCUCGGCCCAUGGAGCGCAGCACUUGGCCGCACUGCAGCAGCAGCAGCAGGCGCAACAACAGCAGCAACAGCAGGCCCAGCAGCAGCAACAGGCGCCGCCGCAGCAGCAGCAGGCGGCUAUGUUGCAGGCGCAGCAGCAACACCAUCAACAGCAGCUGAGCAUGUACGGCCAGUCGAUGGGGCAGCAGCAGCCCCAAGCCCCGCAGCAACAGGUUGUGCCGCCGGUGGCUGCACAGCAACCGCCGGUGGUGGCCACCCCCCAACAGCAGCAGCAACAACAGCAGCAGCAGCAGCAACACCAGCAGCAAUCGCUAAACGAUCAACUGCAGCAUUCCAUCAACGAUAUUGUCGGGGGCGGGAACAGUGGUGGAGGCUCGGGCGGCAGUCAACAAGGCCAGCAGCAACAACAGCAGCAGCCCCAGCUGGCGGCCAUGUCGUCGCCGUUGCAUCAGCAAAGCCUGCCGAGCAUGCACCAUUUGAUACAGCCCACCAUGGAGACGGCACAACCGCCGCCGCAGCAGCAGCAGCAGCAGCAAGCGGCGCAGCAGCAGCAGCAACAACCACAACAACAGCAGCAACCGCAGGCGACUCUCACGUCGCCGCACCACCAGCAGAUGCAGCAUCAGUCGCCGAUACACCAGCAGCAGCAGCAACAGUCCCCGCACCACCAGCAACAUCUGCCCAGCUACAACCAGUCGCAGCAGCAAUUCGAUCCCUUUGCCAACAUCCUGGGAGACAGUCAGCCACCUGCAACCCAACAGACAAUGUCCCCUGCUCAUGUCAGUUCGCCGAUACCCGCGCAAAUGCAGCAGCAGCAGCAACAACAGCAGCCGCAGCAGCAACAGACCCAGCAGCAGCAAGCCCAGCAAGUACCACAAGCCCAGCAACAACAGGUGCCGCAGCAACAGCAGCAGGCGCCGCAGCAACAGCCUUCGACGCCGUCGCAUCACCUGAGCAGCAUUCUCAACGAGACAGCCAACUCGAAUGACUCCUCCACUUUGGCAGUGGCCGCCAACGACAGCAACAACAGCAGCAGCAACAGCAGCACGAACAGCAUCGUCAACAACCAGCCCACUUCGGUCCACGACAGCAACUCGCAGAGCAGCAUCAACAGCAGCAGCAACAACCAGCAACAGUUGCUCAUGGACAACACGAACUCGCACGGAGGCAACUCUGAAUCGGCCCAGCAUGUUGGGGUCGAUGUUGGACUCUUCGACAACAACUCCAUGUCCUCCACAUCCGCAGCUGUGGCCGCCGUGGCCUCCAAUGCGGCUUCUGCAGCAGCAGCGCUCCUGGACAGCAACUCGCAGUCCUCGAAUACGGAGUUUGAGAAGCAUCAGAGCGAAGGCGACGGCCUGUCUGGUGCUGGAGGAGCUUCUGUCAACGAAACUGAGUUGCCCCAGGACGAGACUAGUGUUUCCAAAACCCAAGAAGCCAGCCUGAGCACAGAUGUGCCAGCGGUCCAGGAGGAUCUGCUGGAGAAGCCUUCAGAGGAAUUGGAACAAACUCAACUUAGCCAGCCUCUUGGAGAAUUGUCUACGUCUCUGUCGGAGGAACCCAAAGCCAUAGAGGAUCUGGGAGAGGAAAAAGCGCAGGCUGGAGCUCCUACGGUGCCCGCUAUGGAUCCCACCACCUUGGUGGGACAGCCGCCCCAGCAGCAGAUACCGCCCAUGGGAAUGCCCAUGCAUCCAAUGGCCCCGGGGUACGAUGCUCAGGCGCAGGGACAGGGACACAUGCCACCUAUGAUGCCGCCGUAUGGCGGAGCUCCGGGCAUGUAUCCGCCCUACCCGAUGCUGCAUCAGCAGGAAAUUGCAGCGCUGCAGCAGCAAAUCCAGGAACUCUACUGCAUGCCGCCAGGGCACGAGAUCCAGCACCAGGACAAGUUGAUGCGGAUGCAGGAGCGCUUGAAUCUCCUCACGCAGCACGAGAUAAACGAACAGUGUGCCGGAGGUCCGCAGUGCCUGCUCUUCCAGAACGUUCCGCCGAUGUACGGACCCCCGGGCAAUCCUUUGCUCAACCAGCAAAUGGUAGAAAGCCCCCAAGUGUCGAGCACCACGGGACGGGGUCGGGGAAAGGGGGCGAACAAGCCUCGCAAACCGCGCGCCAAGAAGGGCGAAAAGGGCCAGGCUGGCCAGCAGCAAGACCUGAUGGACAUCAGCGGCAAUGUGGUGGUGGGAGCAGCCAACGCCACGCCGAGUAUACCGACGACCCAGCUGCCCGUGUCCGAGGACUGUGUGACUCAAGGAGCAGGCGACACCAGUGUGGUCGGCAUGCUGGAGUACAGCGAAGGAAUGGGCGACCUCUCGCAGGACGUGCACUCGGCCAACGAGCUGGACACCUCGACCGAUGGCAGCGGCAAAAAGAAGAAGCCGCGAAAGCCCAGGACACCCAAGGACCCGAACAAGCCCCCGCGGGAUAGGACUCCGAAGGCCAAGAAGCCCAAGGACCCCAAUGAUCCCAAUUCCACCGAGACGCCAGCAGCUGCCAAGAAGAGAGCGAGCGUUAGCAAGCGCAGCAGGAAGCAGUACGGGGAGGAUGGAGCGGAGCAAACGGGGGAGGGCAGUGAAGUGGAGGACAACAAGCCACUGGUGCCCAAAGCGGGUUCCGCCGAUGGAGAGGCAGAGACUACGUCGGGCGGAACUGGCGUGGACGGCGAGUCUCCGGACUACGAUGACAUACCGGUUUCGAAAAUACCACGGGGCGCCAACGAAGAGGAUAAGGACGCCGAGGCUGGCGAUGAAACAGUGGACUCUGUUCCAGACUCGGCAGGCGAUCCGGCCUCCACUCCGAGCAGGAGGGAUCGCAAACGCUCCACCGCCAGGAGCCGUCGCAACGCGAACUCCGAGGAGGGUGGAAGUGCGCGUAAGAACCGAGGAACUCUCUCCGCCAAGGCUCUUAAAAAGCGUAGGAACAGGGGACGGAUUGUACCCGAAUCCGAUGGCGAAGACGACACCUUGGACAGAACUCCACCGCCAUCGCCUCCGCCAGAUUCCGAUAUGGAUUCCAACAAGCGUAGGUCUUCGAGGAACACCCAGAGGAAAAAGUACAUCGACGACGUAAUGCUAAGGUUCUCCGACGACGAGAACUCCCUGCUGGUGGCUUCUCCUGUAAAGAAGGACAAGAAAGCCACCGCAAAUGCGGCUAACUCCAAUGCGGGCAGUGACGUGGAGAAGGCGGAACCGCAGUCUGGAGCCGAAACGGAGGCCGGACAGGAGGCGGGCGAAGAGAAGGCCACUCUGCCCUUGGACGAGAGCAGUCAGCUGGAAGCCAGUUCGAGUACUUCCGCUGCAGCGGCAGCAGCCGGCGAGAAGGAGCGUCAGGCAUCCACUGAUGCCGCUAACGCAGCCAUGUCUUCCAAGCCCAACUACGUGUACAUAAACACCGGCGACGAGGACAGCAUGGUAGUGCAACUCGUCCUGGCCAUGCGGAUGGGAAAACGCGAACUUAUCCCAGAGAAACCCAAAGAAAAGACUCCUGAACCCAAAAAGGAGGAGGAGAAAUCGGAAUCGGUCGAAGCAUCAGCCGAAAAGGAAGAUGGCGAAGAAACACCCAAAACUGAGGGCGAGGCAGGUGAAUCCAAAGAAUCCGAUGCCGAGGCAAAGAAAUCCGAAUCCUCGCAGAUGGAGGUGGACGAUAAAGAAGCUUCGGAGGGAGGGGAAACCAAGAAAUCGGAGGAGGAAAAUAAGGAAGCGGAGAAAAUGGAUGAAGAUGAUGCAGCUGAGAAACCAGCUGAAGAAAGUAAGCCGGAUGAGCAAUCAGAAGCAGAAAAGCCCGAGGAAAGUGAGGAGACCACUGAUAACAAAGCCUCAAAUGCAGAAAAGGCUGAGGAAACCAAGGAACCAGAGAAUGCCGCCGAUAAAAUGGAUGUGGAUGAGAAUGAAGGUGAAGCCAAGUCUCCCAAGUCCAAAGAAGAAUCUGAUGAAAAGUCCGCGGAUGAAGCCAAAUCCGAAGAGGCUACUGUGGAAAACGAGAAGGAAACUUCAGAAAAGGCAGGCGAAACCGAGCGAAGUAAAUCAGCGGAGGAGCCAGUUAAGAAGGAGGCCGGCGACGAAGGCGAGGCUGACAAGGAAAACAAGCCCGAACCCGUUUUCAUCGACGUGGAGGAGUACUUCGUGAAGUACCGCAACUUCAGUUACCUCCACUGUGAGUGGAGAACCGAGGAGGAGCUCCUCAAGGGCGACCGUCGCGUGGCCGCCAAGAUUCGUCGCUUCCAGCAGAAGCAAUCUCAGCAGCUGAACAUUUUCGAGAACAUCGAGGACGAGCCCUUCAAUCAGGACUUCACCGAAGUGGAUCGCGUGUUGGACAUGUCCGUUCACACUGAUGAAGCCACCGGCGAGACCACCAAGCACUACCUGGUCAAGUGGAAGUCCCUUCCCUACGAGGACUGCACCUGGGAGCUGGAGGAAGACGUGGACAACGACAAGAUCGAGCAGUAUCUGCGCUUCAACAAGAUCCCCCAGAGGAGCGAAUGGAAGUCUAAGAAGCGUCCGCAUCCGGAACUCUGGAAGAAACUGGAGAAGACGCCGGUCUACAAGGGAGGCAACAGCCUGCGACCCUACCAACUGGAGGGCCUCAACUGGUUAAAGUUCUCCUGGUACAAUACUCACAAUUGCAUUCUGGCCGAUGAAAUGGGUCUGGGAAAAACCAUCCAGAGUCUGACCUUCGUGCACUCCGUUUAUGAGUACGGGAUCAGAGGACCCUUCUUGGUCAUCGCUCCGCUCUCCACGAUUCCCAACUGGCAGAGGGAGUUUGAGGGCUGGACGGACAUGAACGUGGUGGUCUACCACGGAUCCGUGACCAGCAAACAGAUGAUUCAGGACUACGAGUACUACUACAAGACGGACACGGGAAAGGUCCUCAAGGAGCCCAUCAAGUUCAACGUUCUGAUCACCACGUUCGAGAUGAUUGUGACGGAUUACAUGGAUUUGAAGGCGUUUAACUGGCGCCUCUGCGUGAUCGACGAAGCUCAUCGUCUGAAGAACAGGAACUGCAAGCUCCUCGAGGGCUUGCGGCAGCUGAAUCUGGAGCACAGGGUCCUGCUUUCCGGAACGCCCCUGCAGAACAAUAUCAGCGAGCUGUUCUCGCUGCUCAACUUCCUGGAGCCCUCGCAGUUCUCCUCGCAGGAGGAGUUCAUGUCCGAGUUCGGAAGUCUCCGCACUGAGGAGGAGGUGAACAAACUGCAAGCCCUUCUCAAACCAAUGAUGCUGCGUCGUCUGAAGGACGAUGUGGAGAAGAGUUUGGCGCCCAAGGAGGAAACCAUUAUCGAAGUGGAGCUGACUAACAUCCAAAAGAAAUACUAUCGAGGCAUCCUGGAACAGAACUUUAGUUUCUUGAAGAAGGGAACCACAUCUGCCAAUAUCCCCAACCUGAUGAACACGAUGAUGGAGCUGCGGAAGUGCUGCAUCCAUCCCUAUCUUCUAAACGGAGCUGAGGAACAAAUCCAAUAUGAUUUCAAGUCCCAGCAUGGCGAGGAUCCCGAAUCCUAUUACAAGAACCUGAUCCUCUCUGCUGGUAAGAUGGUCUUGAUCGACAAGUUGCUGCCCAAGCUGAAGGCGAACGGCCAUCGCGUGCUCAUCUUCAGUCAGAUGGUGCGUUGCUUGGACAUCCUAGAGGACUAUCUAGUCUACAGAAAGUAUCCGUUCGAGCGAAUCGACGGACGCAUUCGCGGAAACCUUCGUCAGGAGGCCAUCGAUCGUUAUUCCAAGCCAGGCUCCGAUCGAUUUGUCUUUCUGCUCUGCACCAAAGCAGGAGGGUUGGGAAUUAACCUGACAGCCGCCGACACGGUCAUCAUUUACGACUCUGACUGGAAUCCGCAGAACGACUUGCAGGCCCAGGCCCGAUGCCAUCGUAUCGGCCAGCGGAAGAUGGUGAAGAUCUACCGAUUGCUCUGCAGGAACACCUACGAGCGAGAAAUGUUCGACAAGGCCUCGAUGAAACUGGGACUGGACAAGGCUGUCCUGCAGUCGAUGAACACCCAGGGCUCUAAGGAUGGCAACAACAAGCAGCUUUCCAAGAAGGAGAUCGAGGAUCUUCUGAAGAAGGGCGCCUACGGCGCAGUCAUGGAUGACGACAAUGCGGGUGAUAAGUUCUGCGAAGAGGACAUUGACUCGAUCCUCAAGCGCCGCACUCAGGUCAUUACCAUGGAAUCGGAGAAGGGUUCCACUUUCUCGAAGGCUUCGUUCGCUGCCUCCGGCAACCGAUCAGAUAUUACCAUAGACGAUCCCGACUUCUGGACCAAGUGGGCCAAAAAGGUUGACAUUGAUCCCGAUGCCUGUGAGCGCGACGAAACGGAGGACUUGGUCUUGUCCGAGCCCAGAAGACGCACUCAAAUCAAACGCUACGGUCACGAGGACGUGAUGGAGCUCAAUUCGGAGGAUUCUUCCAACGAGAACAGCGAUGAAGAGGGAGGAAUAGGCCUUCGUUCCCGUCGCCGCAAGGAGAAGCGAGAUCGUAACCGUGAAAAGAAGGGCAACGACGAGUACAUUCCACGCGAACGGGACGCGUUGGCUGCCUUGGGGCUGGAGGAGAUCCAAUACGGCAACUGGGCCAAGUCAGAGUGCUUCAAGGUGGAGAAGGGACUGCUUUCCUUCGGUUGGGGCCGUUGGUCGGAACUCCUGGAGCUGGGGCAAUUCAAGCGAGGCUGGCGCGAUGUUGACGUCGAGGACUGUGCCCGCAUCAUCCUCCUUUACUGCCUGCAGGUCUACAAGGGCGACGAGAAGAUCAAGACGUUCAUCUGGGACCUGAUCACGCCGACGGAGGACGGGGAGGUGCAGAAGAUCAGCAGGGAUCAUAGUGGCCUACACAACUUGGUGCCACGAGGCCGCAAUGGUGGAAAGUCGAACAAGGAGUCGGCAGGCAACUCCACCCCCGCUCCGGGCACUGCGUCCGGCAGCAACAGUGGCAACACGACCCCGGCCCACAAGUCCAGUGCCCUGGACGGAUCCGACAAGGACGGAGGCGGGAUCAGCGCGAGCGCCGUGGCCGCCGCGGUGACCAGUAUCCACGAUCCCAACCACUGGAGCAAGAAGGAGAAGUACGACGCGGACGCGUACCUGGAGGGCGCCUACAAGAAGCAUUUGGGCAGACACGCCAAUAAGGUCCUGCUGCGCGUGAGGAUGCUCUACUACAUCCAGCACGAGGUCAUUGGCGACUUUGUCCAGCAGAUCAAGGACAAUACGCCCAUCAGCGAGCUCCCCAUUCGCCCGCCGCCAACGCCAGAUCAAGUGCCAUCCUCAUGGUGGAAUCCCAUUUGUUGUGAUAAGAGUCUGUUGGUCGGAACCUACAAGCAUGGCUGUGAAAUGUAUCGUCAAAUGCGCGCCGAUCCCAAUCUGUGCUUUGUCACCCAUGUGGGCGCCGGUGCGGCCGGCGACGAUCUGGCUGUCACGAAUUUGCCGAUAAACGAAGACGACGCAAAUUCGAAGCACGAUGAUGGCGACGAGGUGGACGACGACGGCACCACCACGACCAAAGACUCCGACUCCACCAAACUCACCGGGGGCGACAACAAGGACUCGCUCCUCGACCCGGAGCGCCCCAGUUCGUCGGGUAAGAGCAACAGCGAAGGUGUCAACGGCGCCAACGGCAAACCGGAAUGCGAGAAAGAGGCCACGACCGCUUGCGAAUCAGAAUCCGAAUCCUCAUCCAAAUCCACAGCCACCGCCACCGCCACAGCUGAAGCUGAAGCCGACGCCGACGCCUUGCCGGGCGGCAAGGGCAGCGAUGUCGAGGCGGCGGUCGCCCAGCAGGACGCAUCAUCAGCAGCUCCCGAAUCGGCAGACACAUCAGAUCCCGAGCCGAGCAAAGUGCGCACGCCGGUCUCAGCCGCGGACUCCCGCGAUCCGGCCGACUCCAGUUCCCCGGAGGCGGCAGGAGAAGAUCGGGAGGCGGCGGCCAGGACUGGCGGCGAGUGCGGCGAAUCGGACAGCGAAUCGGAGAAAAAAGAAAUCGAAAAGGAACCCACAGAGCCCGCUGCUGCUGCUCCUGCUGGGGAAACCAAGCCAGACGCCGCUGCCACUGCCACUGCCCAAGCCGAAGGCGACAAAGCGGAAUCAUGCACUAACAAUGCUACCACAAACAUCACCACCACCACCACUACUACUACUACUACCAUUACCAAUACCAAUACCACCACCACCACCACCACCAAUAAUCCAUCAUCCAAAGCGGCUAACUCUAACGCCCCCAACAACACCACCGACCAUGCUAACUCCAACUCACACUUAGGCUUGGACGAGGAGGAGAGCGUCGCCGGCAGCUAUCCGCCCACCGUGGCAGCCGUCGAGGACGCCACCACCAUGUGGCCGUCGAUGCAGGACCUCAACACGCGUCUCCGGCGGGUCAUCACCGCCUACCAGAGGAACUACAAGAAGGAGGAGCUGAAGCUGCAGCAGAAGGCCAAGCUCCAGGCAUUGGUUUCAUCGACGCCCCCGCUGUCGGUGCCCACCACGCCCACGCUCCAGUCCAUGCAGAUGCAACUGCAGAGCGGCUCCGGCGGCAGUGGCUCCGGAGUGGGAUCCGCCGGCCAGCACGACUCCGGCAACCGGAGUCUCCAGGCACUGAUGCAGUCGCAGGGCGCCAGCACCUCGGCAGCGGCGGCGGCCGCCGCGGCAGCAGCCGGAGGAUCCGGAGGCGGGUCCGGGCAAGUGGGUGGAGCCGGAGUCAUGCCGGCCAUGCCCACCGCCGCCGACAUCAGCCUGAUGCUGAGCAUCCUCAACACCACCGACGUCAGCCAGCUGGCCAACUUGGACAUCAACAAACUGGCCAUGUACCUGGUCAGCAUGAACAAUAAAAUGGAGCGGCAGGGCAAGAUGGAACUGGCGGCCAAGGAACGCGAGUCCCAGCGCCUGCAGCUCAUUCCGAAAAAGUGGAACCGCCGUGAGGAGUACGAGUUCCUCAGAGUGCUCACUGGCUACGGUGUCGACCUGCACCUCUCCACACCCAUGGGCUCCAGCAGCGGAAGUUCGCUGACGCCCGACUGGACCAAGUUCAAGCAGAUGGCUCACCUGGAGCGGAAGAGCGAUGAAACGCUGACCGACUACUACAAGGUGUUCGUGGCCAUGUGCAAGCGGCAGGCCGGCCUAAAGCUCACGGAAUCGGAGCGCGGCCUGGAAGGCAUCAUAGAGGAAAUUGAGAAGGAGCACGCCAAGCUCAUUCUGGAUCGCUUGGAAGUCCUCGCCAAGCUGAGAGAGGUGGCCCGCAAUCCUCUGCUCGAGGAGCGCCUGAAGCUUUGCACCAUGAAUGCGGAUACGCCGGAUUGGUGGGAGCCUGGUCGCCACGACAAGGAACUGAUUACCGCCGUCCUCAAGCACGGACUGUACCGCUCGGAAACCUUCAUCUUCAACGAUCCCAACUUCAGUUUCGGAGAGUCGGAAAAGCGCUUCAUUCGGGAGCUGGAAGCUCAAAUCCAGCGCACCAUCAAACUGGAGGCCUUCAACGCCGAGAAGGCGGAGAAGUUGGCGGCAGCGGAGAAAGCAGCUGCUGCUGCAGCUGCAGCUGAAAAAGCGGCAGCAGAAAAGGCAGCUUCCGUUAAGAAUGAGGUCAUAGAUCUGGACGACGAACUCAUGACGGACGAGAGUGUCAUCAAGAAGGAAACGCCGGCUACUCCCGUGAAAGAUGAGGUUAAGGCGGAAGAGAGCCCAGAAAAGAAGGACCCAGCUGAGAGUCCGGAAGCCAAAAAAUCGGACACCGAAGAGGCUGCAAAGGCUGAGGUCGAGGUCAACGACGAAGGAGACGCAAAGGCAGAAACCUCCGAUAAGAAAGCUGAAGAAGAAAGUGAAAACUUGGAUAAGGACAAAUCCUCUGGUGAGAAACUGGAUCCAGAAGUAGAGGAAAGCAAGUCUAUCGAAGAAAAAAUGGAAGUGGAGGAGGCAGCCAUAGCCGAAAAUGGUCAGGAGAAGGAGGGCUCCCCAGAGAAAACCACUGAGGUGGCUGAAAAGAAAUCUUCCGAGGAAGAAGAGAAAAAACCUGACGCUGCCGAAGAGGAAGGAUCGAAAAUGGAAGUAGACGAAGUACCCUCUACGGUGGAAGACAAGUCUGCAGAGGUGUCGGAAUCCACCGAAAAGCAGUCUGAAGAGAAGGCUGUUGUUAAGACUGAUGAUGAGAAAGCAGAAGAAUCAAAAGAAGAGUCUAAGGAGCAGGCGGAAGACAAGGAUAAGGAUGCGGAUACGGAGAAGAAGUCGGUUGCCGAAACUGAGCCCUCCGAGAAGACUAAAGCUGCAGCUGAACCUGAAGCAGUUCCCUCCAAGAAACCCUCUGGCGACCAGGAGAUUCUCGACCUGGUGGCUGGACCCACAGAUCCCGACGACGACGAGGUGAUGAAGGAGAAGGAGAAGGCCGUCGAAGAGGAGUGCAAGAAGCAGGCGGCCGAACUCAAGGCCCGCUUCCCCGACCUGGAGGUGAUCCAACCCGCCACCGUGAAGCAGCAGAAGCUGGAGAAGCCCAAGCUGGAGAUGUGCAUGAUCCGCUGGUUCAAGGACUUCGCCCUGGAACGCCGCAUUGCGCACAUUGUGGCCUGCGUGGAGACCGGAAAGUGGCCGGUGGACAGCAAGUACAGCGCCUUCGCCAGUUGCAAGGGAGCCACCGACCUGAGCAUCGCCCUCCACGAGUCCAUUCCCCACCUGAGCAGCCUGGAGCGUCGCUCCACGACCCCCGAUGUGAUCACCAUCACCACGGAUCAGGGUGUGACCAAGCACCUGCAGGCCUCGCAGAUGCAGCAGGUGGCCAGCUCGGCGUCCGCCGCGUCCGGCUCCUCGGGAAUGCCCCAGGUUACCCAGUCAAAGCCCUCGUCGGCCACCAGUUUGCCGGGGCUGGAUGCCAACAGCAUCAACGCUGCCGUGGCGGCGGCCGUUGCUGCCGCUGCAGCUGGUGGCAACGCCACCUCCCUAUCUUCCCUGCUGCCCGGAAUGUCGCUGAGUGCGGCGACUGGCUCGUCAGCCGGCGGAGUGGCCGGACUGAACGUCCCAAGCGCCGGAUCUGGAGGCGGCAAGAAGCGCAAGCGCCACAUCGCCAUCGACGUGGAGACGGAAAGGGCCAAGCUGCACGCCCUGCUAAACAGUUCGACAAUGGCGCCCAAGGACUGGGAGAGUGAGAUCGCCAACAUGGAGGCCUUGACUGGCUCCUCUGGGCGCGGACGAGGCGGCAACUCUUCCUCUGCCCUGAGUGGCAUGCAGCCGCCUCCAGCUCACCAACACGCCUCGCGACAGUCCUCCGGCCAGUUCAGCAAGCCUGCUGUGCCUGCCCUAAAGACGCCGCCGCCCUCAAUGGGCGCUCCAAUGGAUCUGUCCUCAAGCCUGCCCAAGGUGAACAUGGCGGAGAUGCUGAAGUCGGCCUCCAGUGCGGGAGCCAUCGAUUUGAGCGAGGUGCAGGACUUCUCCAUGCCCUCCAAGAAGUCCAGCGUGCACGCUGCGCUAAGUUCAGCCUUCCCCUCGAUGGGCAACAAGAGCAAACUGGACGACACGCUCAACAAGCUGAUGAAGAAGAACAAUUGCACUAUUGAAGAGCCAGUAAUUGGCAAGGAGAAGAAGCGCAAGAAGCUGGACGAGAUCGUGCUAGGACUUUCGGCUGCCAAGGAGCAGAAGACCUUCCCCGACCCGUCGCUGCCGUCCUCGAAGAAGCCGCAGAUCCCACCCAGCGUCUCCGUGACGCCGGCAAACAUGCAGUCUUCGUCCAGCCAGCAAUCGAACCAGAAACCCUUUACCAUCACUGUUACCACAGUGCCCGGAAAGUCCAAGGCCGGAUCGUCCAGCGGCGGAUCCGGCGGCGCAGGAAGCUCAUCGGGCAGCGGCGGAGGAGCCGGCGGCAGCGGGCUGAGCGCCCUGCAGAACAUGGCGAUGGGAGGACUCUCCUCCAAGGACAGCCUGAACGCCCUGCUGGCCCAGACCAUGGCCACCGACCCGCAGACGUUCCUCAAGCAGCAGCAGAAGAUGAUGCAGUUCCUGCCGCCCGCCCAGCGGAAGGCCUACGAGAACAUGCUGGCCGAGAUGGAGCAGGCCAUGAAGAUCAGCUCCAAGUUCUCGACCAACUCCCCGCACGACGUGAAGGUCAACAAGUGGCUAUCGGACAUGACCAGUCCGCUGGGCGACCAGCUCAGCAUUGAUUACGUGGGCGGCGGCGGAGCAGGCGGUUCUGGCAGUGCCAACAGCCGGCGCUCCAACCGCCAGCAGGGCAGCUCCACGCAGCAGUCCUCCAGUGCCGCCCAGCUCCAGAAGCAGCAGCAACAGCAGCAGCAGCAGCAACAACAGCAGCAGCAGCAGCACUCGAUGCCCGGGCCCCAAAAUCUGACAGGCGAGGAGCCAGUGCCCGUGAUAAAUAAGCAGACUGGGAAGCGCUUGGGAGGCAACAAGGCGCCGCAGCUCAAGCGACUUAUGCAGUGGCUCACCGAGAACCCCAACUACGAGGUGGACCCCAAGUGGCUGGAGCAAAUGCAGAACCCCAUGUCGGCACCCUCACCCAAGCCGACUUCGAUGGACAGCAGCUACGGCUCCUCGGCAGCAAAGUCGCACGGCGGUCGCCCGUCGUCCAACUCGAGCAACGCCUCCUCCUCGUCGCACACCCAGCAGCAGCAGCAAUCGUCGGCAGCUCAAUCGCCAGCGGGCGGAAAUUCGGGCAGCUCCAAGAAGUCUUCGCGCCAGCAAACGGCGGCGUCCGCUGCCCUGGAUCAGGCUGCCCUGCAGUUCGGCUCCCUCGCAGGUCUGAACCCCAGCCUGCUGGCCAACCUUCCCGGACUGGGAGGCUUUGACCCCAAGAAUCCUCUGGCCGGCUUCGACCCCAAGAACCCACUGCUCUCCAUGUCAUUCGGAGGCAUGCCCGGAAUGGGAAACAUCCCCGGACUGGGUAACCUGAACAACAUGAAUCUGUUCGCCAGUCUGGCGGGAAUGGGAGGACUGGGCAACCUGGCGGGCAUGGACACCCAGUCGCUGGCUGCGCUAAUGGCUGCUGCCGGACCAACUCUUGGCGGACUGACCGGUGCUUCCGGAGGAGCGGGUUCCGGCAAGAGCCAGGCGCAGUCGCAGUCGGGCGGAGGUUCGUCCGCCGCUUCCUCGUCCUCCUCGGCCAGCAAGAAGAAGCAGCAACAGCAGCAGCAGGCCCAACAGCAGGCGCAGAACGAGGCUGCUCAACUGGCGGCUGCCAUCAGCGCCAGCACUGGAGGAUCCUCUGGCGGAGCGGGAGGCAAGAAUGCAGCGGCCUCGGCAUCGCAACUGGCGGCCGGCUUCCCGUUCCUGUUCCCGAAUCCCUCGCUGCUCUACCCGCCCAUGGGAUUGGGCGGCCUCAAUCCGUACUCACUGGGAUCCAGUGGUCUGGGCUCCGCCUACGACCAGCUGGCCCAGCAGUACAACCUGCUGAACGGAGCCACCUCGUCGGCCUCGAACACGAGCUCCACGCAGUCCAAAUCGCACCAGUCUCAGUCGAAAUCCAGUCAGUCGAGGAACGCGACAGCGGCGGCCAACUCGGCGGCCAGCCUGAUGAAUGCCAUGGCCAGCAUGGGUGGUGGCGCCAGCACGGUGACCACUCCCUCGUCCUCGGCAUCGGGAUCCGGACGUGGCCGGCAAUCGAGCAGCAGGAACCAGUCGCAAACUACGCCCACAGCUGCGGACAUGGCCCAACUGAGCAGCUUGCUCAUGCCCGGCGCAGACCCGCAUCUCCUCGAGUCACUGAGCCGCAUGAGCAACAUGGACUUGGCGCAGGCCACUCGGCUGAUGAGCUCUCUGGGAAUGCCGCCGCUGCCGGGAACACCGAGCUCUUCCGGAGGAGGAAACUCGUCCUCGAGCAAGAGGAGCAGCCAAGCAGCUAACGAGGCGAACGCGCAGGCCAAGGAGCAGCAGAAGUGGUUCGAGAGCCUGGCCCGUGGAGCCCUGCCAACGGACUUGGCCGCCCUGCAGGCCUUCUCGCAGGGCAAGAUGCCCUCCACAUCCAGCUCCAACACCGGAUCAUCCACUUCAUCGGGCAAGAGCUCGAAGUCUGCUGCAGCAGCAGCGGCGGCGGCGGCCUCCCAACUGCCACAGAUUCCAGGCAUGUCCAGCGACUUCUCGCAGGCCUUCCUAGCUGAGAUGGCCGCCCAGGCGAUGGCUGCUGCCGGCGGAUCGCUGCCACUGAGCGGUCCGGGUUCCCUGGCCAGUUUGGCUGGCCUGACCGGAGGCUCUGCCGGAGGAUCCGGCGGCGGUGGCUCCUCUGCGUCGGGCAGCGGCAGUCACUCCUCGUCGAAGCGCCAGCGCGAACAGGAUGCCUUCAAACAGCAGAUGGACUACUACACCAAAACGCUGGGUCUGGGAUCGGGAAUCUCCCUGAUACCCACCUCGUCGGCGGGAGGAUCGUCCGCUUCCUCCAGUUCGGCGAACGCAGCAGCAGCUGCCUAUGCUGCGGCCCUGGAUGCAGAGCAGCAGCACCAGCAACAACAGAAGGCGUUGUCCAAGCGCUCGCGCGGCGAUAUACAUCCCACGAAGGAGGAGCUGGCCGCUGCCGCCCUCGCUGCAGGACUCCCGCUGAACCUGGGAGCCAGCAUGAGCAGCAUAGAGAAGAGUCUGCGGGGCGGAAGCAGCUCCAGCAGCAGCUCCACGCCAGCACCCAUGUCUGCGGAACAGGACAAGGUCACAUUGACGCCCCUCAACGCCUCUGGAGGCGGAUCGGGCAGCUCCUCUUCCGGUUCGGCAGCUGCUGCGGGACUGGCGGCCAAUCUGCCGAGCCAGACAACAAUAACCAUAGCUCCGCCCAUCAGCAGUGGAGCAAGCACCAGCAGCGAACGCUCCGAGCGGUCAGAGUCGCGCAUCUCGCUGACCAUCACGAACGCAGCGGAUGCAGCGAAGCUUCCGCCGCCCUACGAGGAGGCCGACGAGCUGAUCAUACAACCCAUACUCAAGAAGCCGGCCGCCGCCAAUCCGGGCAGCAGCCACGGCGGAAGCGUCGAGGAUCUGGACACAGUGGGAAAUACCUCGGCGGCGAAUCUGAGUGGCUCUUCCUCCAGCUCUGCGGCAGCGGCGGCGGCAGCAGCGGCAGCCGAGGAGAACCGUCGCUCCUCCAACCGCCUGAAGCGGCCGAGGUCCGGAAACGAAGGCUCCGGUUCCGUGGAAGGACAGCCGCCCGAGAAGCGGCGCGAGCUGCGAUCCACUCGCCAUACCCGCUCUUCGGCGGACGCCACCACGCUAAACCUCUCUGCCGGAAGCGAGUCGGGAGCGGAGGAGCGGAACGAAUGAGUAUUGCGCAGAUCCGAGCGCCAGCGCUAGCAGGAUGACACGGCUCCUCCGAAGAGCCGGAGAAGAUUACGCGGCGGUGGAGGAGGAGCCACUAGCACCACCACCACUAGACAGCCACCACAGCCACAACAAGAACCGAAGCAGAGAAUCAAGAAACGGCAGGUGAUGAGGAACCAGCUGCAGAUGCAGACGAGAUCGAGGCGAAAAUUGAAUGCUAGGCUAACUGUUACCACUAGAUCCCUUAAGCUUAAAGUUGUGUAAAGUAUAAGAAGCAUAUAUAAACUAUAUAUAGAGGUUAGGAGCCACCGAAGAGGGAGCGGCCUGGGCUUGCUGCGACGCCCUUCAGCUGGACACUGCUGCAACACCGUUCGACUGGAGGGCAGAGCCUCAUCCCCCACCGAUGGCCUACUCAAGUUCCAUCUGCUGCUUAAGUGGAGCUUGACAAGGCGAUCGAUCCCUCCCUCUGGCUGCUUAAAUAUUCAUACAGUUACGAACAGAAUUAAAAAGCGCUUAUAAUUUAAUUGUGACGAGAGAAGCAAGUGCUGCUGCAUGAAGAUUAUCCGUUUAAAUUAUUGCAACCACACACAUACAUAAUAGACUAUAUUCAUACAUACAUAACGAGAAGAGACACCAACACAAACACAAACACUUGGGUUUCCUGCGCUGUCCUCCCACAUGCAAAGUCUCUAUAUAUGAUACCUGUACAUAAUUUAUAAUCUUUAAAUGGCUCUCGCAUUGCUUAACCGUUUUUAAUAUAAUAAGGCACCAUGUAUUCUCGUACGAAUCAUUUUCCACACCUCCACCACCCACUAUGUUGUAUUGUAUACUGUAUCUCUACACUCUCUGUGUGUCCCACGAAAACUGCGUGUAAUUUUGAUAAUUUUAAUUUUGUAAUUAGUGAAAGUGAAAGGAUGCGAAUGCGAAUGCAAAUGCAAAUGGCAACAAGCGAUCGUUCAAGAGUAGAUUUUAAUUUCUUGUAAUUGUACGUUUCCCCCGAAGAACAAACAAGCCCACAAGCAGACUUGGCGCGUAACUAACAAAUGCAAAAUGUUUAUUGAAAAAUAGAAUUUUUUAAUUAAAUCAAUUUUAAUGUAAUUGAAAUCGGAAAAUAUGCAACUUGCACGUUUGAUGAGCAGCAAUGCUAUAAUUAGGGCAUUACGGAUUCAUUUAGUUCGCACUUUACGAGAACGAUUCAUUUAGAGACGUUGACAAAACCACACACAAAAUGAGAGAACGCAAAAAAACAACCAACAUAUAUUGCAUACUUAACUUGUAAGUAUAACUCUUAAUUAAAAUUAUGAUAUAACUGCAGAACAACAUACAAAAGCAACAUCAACCAGAAGAAGCAACUACAGCAACAGCAAGUAACAACCAGGCAUCAACUAUUGAUAUUGAUGAUAAAUAAAUAUAUAAAAAAUAAAUUUCAAAAAUUACAACAAA